AUGUUGUCAUGUAUGUCAGGAUUUAUAUUCAUUCCGUUGUAUCCUAUAUGCUUGGAUUUUAUCAUGCCGCUUAAUGAAACUCGCCAUCGGCAACAACUGUUUAGAUUGACAUACUUCAUAGAUGAAGAGGAGUACUUUUAUCUUAUAUAUUUUUAUACUAUUUGGUGUUCAUUCGCAACAGUCAUGAUUGCAAUUACUAUUGAUUCAUUAUACAUACAAAUCAUUCAUCACGAUUGCGCUUUAUUUGUUUUGUGUGGGCAAAGCAUUAUAACAGCAACACAAUCUACUGUUACUGUAAAUGAAACCUACACUGAACGAUUUAGGCAAUGCUUGAGCAAGCAUAAGAAUGCCUUCCAAUUGUUCGAGCUGUUGGACAACAGCAGUCGAAAGAGUUACUUUUGUCAAAUUCUACUGACUAUGAUCGGCAUGACCGUAACAGCUGUGAAAAUCGUUAUGAAUCUGCAUCGACUUGAAGAAGCUUUUAGAUUUGGUUUGUACUUUGUGGCUCAGCAAUUCCAUUUGCUUAUUAUUACUCUGCCUGGGCAAGUGAUCACGGAUCAUAGUUUCGAAUUGAGUAAUUAUAUAUAUCGCUCAACAUGGUACAACAUGCCAAUAAAAAUUCAAAAAAUACUGCACACGAUGCAAAUGAGGUCUAGCAAAUCGUGUAAGUUAACAGCAGGAGGUAUAUACGAAAUGAACAUUGAGAAUUUUGGAAUUACAUUCAAAACAUGUGUAUCAUACUUUACCGUACUGCUAUCGUUGAGAGAUUGA